AUGCCCGCCCCCAUCGCAUUCAAGCAAAGGAGCCGACGAGCCAAGGACAACGUGAGAAAGCGACCUGCUAGCACCUUGCCAGCGCACGGCGACUCUCAAGAUUCCUCUUCUUCAGACGACGAACGCGACGCUGUAGACGGAACUCGGAUCAAGCGCAACAAGAAGGGAGUAAUCUCAGCAUCAUCGACGAGUCAACGGAACCCCGAUCAAGAUCACGCCCCUACAGCCUUCCGCGCGAAUCGUGAAGUGCCAAUAUCAGACACAAACGAUGCCACAAAGCGGAAGGACUGGUAUGAUCAGCCGACAACCAAGGGCCCCGCUCGUGCCGCCUCCAAUGUGCGCAUCACGACAACCUUCGACUUCAAGCCCGACGUCUGCAAAGAUUACAAGAAGACUGGCUGGUGUGGAUUUGGCGAUGCGUGCGUGUUUGCACAUAUAAGAGAAGACAUUAAGCAAGGGUGGCAGCUUGAUAAAGAAUGGGAAGAAGUGGGAAAGAGCAGGAAGAAGAUCAGUGGUGAUCGCGGAAAAGCAGAUGCUGUCGAGGGUGAGGCAGAUAUGGAAAUGCUGAGCAAGAUCCCUUUUGCAUGUAUUAUCUGCGAGAAGCCUUACAAGAAUCCUGUCGUCACUCGAUGUGGCCAUUAUUUCUGCGAGGCAUGUGCCCUCCAGAGGUAUAGGAAGGACCCAACAUGUAAGAACUGCGGAGCUGCGACCAUGGGAGUUUUCAACACAGCGUCGAAAUUGGAGAAGCUAUUGCGGCGGAAGAGAGAGCAUGAAGAGAAGCUGGAUCGGAAAGCACAAGAACUAGAUGAUAAGGGGGCAUGA